AUGGGAUCAGCUUCUAGGGUUAUGCCAUCCAACUAUCAAAGACCAACCUCAAGCUUGUAUCUUAAAUAUUCACGUGGUGCUUUGUCUUCGUUUAGCAGAGGAAUUUAUGCCCUAAGUGUCGACGCUUUUGAGGAUAUCAAUUCUGGAUUAUGGGGUACGCAUCUGCCGAAGAGCGACGCAACUUCUGCCAAGGUCAUGAAAUUCGAUAAUAUACAUUCUUCAACGAAUAUAUAUGCGAUGAUCUACUACAGAAUUCUAAUUCAGGUCAAAUGGUUGUUGAAACUUUCAAAGAUCCCAGAAUUCACAGAGGUACCUAGUUUCAGUGAGCGUGCUGAGCGUUACUUGCAAGGAGUUAUUGAUGGAUUUUGCAUAAUGGAAGCCAUAGAAAUGACAACGAGGUGCGAGAAGAAGACAAACCAUGAUUAUGUUAGAGCUGUGGAAUUCUUCUUGAAGCUGAGAUGCAUAUCAAUACCAGAGAUAACUAAGGUGCUCGAUACUUUCCAAUUUGCUUCCACAUCAGAGGAUAUAAACAGUCUUGCGCAUGCGUUAAUGUUAAAAGAUGUCAUGAACAAUGUUGUGUUUCCUGUUAUGGAUGAUCUGAUCAAGGCAAUAGCAACCUUGUCAAAGGACAAUGCAUCCAUUCCAAUUCUUUCUCGCAGGGAGGGAUACAAGGUCUCACCCACAACUUUGGGCAAGGAAUUGGCCAAUUUUGCUGUCAGGCUAAGCAUAGAGAGGCAUAGAGCUUCUCAAGUGAAGAUAAUGGGGAAGUUUCCUGGUGCUGUUGGAAGUUCCAAUGCUCAUUAUGUUAUAUAUCCUCAUAUUAACUGGCCGCACAUUGCUGAAGAGUUCAUCACUUCUCUUGGAGUGACUUUCAAUCCUUAUGCUACUGAGGCCGAGACUUACGAUUACAUGCCAAAAAUUUUCAAUGCUAUUAACCGAUUCAAUAGUAUAGUGAUCGACUUUGAAAAAGAUAUGAGUGACCACAUGUAUUUUGGUUACUUAAAGUCCAGAGGUUUUGAUCUUAGUGAAGCAACUCUCGGUGCAGCUAGACAAGCUCUUUCCUACGUGACUAGUUUGUUGCCUAAAUCUCGUUUUUUGGACGAGUUGACUGAUUCUAGUAUUCUGAGGAACAUGAGUGAAGGAUUAGUAUGUUCUGUUAUUGCGUACGAGUGGAUAUUUACGAAUAUAGCAAAGAUUCAGAUAGAUGAAGCUCUCGCGAAUGACGAGAUGAACCACUCUCCGGCGGUGCUUGCUGAAGCAGUACAAGCUGUUAUUCGAAGAUAUGGUGUUCCAGCAGAGACCUAUGAGAAGCUUAAAGAACUAACAAUGGGGAGAAGAGUUACCAAAAAAAGUCUAAGAAAGAUUAUUGAAGGCUUGGAAUUACCUAAAGAUCAUCAAACCAUUUUGUCAAGGCUAACACCACGUAGCUAUGUUGGAGAAGAUGUUAAAUUUGCUAAAAUGGUAGACAUGGGAGUUAAAGCAGCUACUAGCAACAUCAAUAAAAGUGCAACGGCUUGGCCACAAUUGGAUGGUCUGUGUUGGGAUAAAUUCAAGGACUUGGCUCCUUAUACGAGCGAGUAUGGUCUAAUCUACUUCAUUGUUCUAGUUCAGAUCAAAUGGUUGCUAUUGCUUUCAGAAAUUCCUGAAGUGACUGAGGUACCGAGGUUUAGUAAAUCCGCGCAAUCUUAUUUACAACAAAUAAUUGAUGGAUUUAACUUCAAUGAUGCAUUUGAAGUAAAGAACCUUGUGAAAGUGGCAAAGGUCGACGAAGUAGCUGCGGUGGAUCAGUUCAUCAAAAAGAGAUGUGGAUCACAUCCAGAAAUAGCUAAGGUGGUUGAAGUUUUUCACUUUGCUUGUACAUCUGAGGAGGUCAACAAUCUUGCCCAUGCACUAGUCCUAAAAGGAACCAUGGAUAAGGUCAUAUACCCUGCCAUGGAUGAUCUGAUUUAUGCAAUAUGUGGCAUUGCUAAGGACACUGCUCAUAUUCCUAUUGUCUCUUCCACUCAUGAUGGACAGCCUGUAGCGUUUACAACUUUGGGAAAAGAAAUGGCAACUUUUGCUGUGAGAUUAAGCAGAGAACGGAAAGAGAUUUCGCAACUGCAACUAAAGGGGAAUCUGGGAGGUGAGGUUGGAAAUUACAAUGCUUAUCUUGUUGCAUAUCCUGAUAUUAAUUGGCCUCAAGUUGCUGAAGAGUUUGUCACGUCUCUGGGUUUGAGUUUUAAUCCCUACGUUACUCGGAUCAGAGCUUAUGAUUAUGUGACAGAACUUGUUCAUGGAGUUGGCCAGUUCAACAAGAUAUUGACGGACUUUGAUGGAGAAGUACAAAGGUACAUGAAUAUGGGCUGUUUUAAGCAAAUAAACAAGGCUAGUGAAGGCAGUAACAUUGGUGUGGCCAGUGGUAAUCAGUGUUCCUUGAGCAGGAAGCUACCUAUUUCAACUCUUUUAAGGAACAUGGGUUCAAGAUUAGAGCAUUCUCUUGUCACCUACAAAAACACACUCGAUCUAAUAUCAACACUUGAGGCGGUUGAUGCAGGCACGAUCAAGGAAUACUUGAAUCUCUAUUCCGGAGCUCUCGUCGGAGAGUUAGAGACGGUUGUGCAAAGAUAUGGUGUCCCCGAGCCCUACGAAAAGUUGAAGGAACAAACCGGAGGAGAAGUAAUAGUUACCAAGGAAAGUAUAGUACAUUUUAUUCAAGCCAUGGAAGUACCUGACGAAGCAAAGGUCAUUCUACUUAAUCUAACACAAUGUAGCUACGUCGGAGCCGCUUCCGAAUUGGCCAGAACAGUAGACAUAGCCGUGAAUUCUUAG